AUGAUACCGAGAGUCAGUCACCGUAUCUGGAUUAUAGUUUCUUGGUACCUUCUGUUAAAAUGUUGUUUGGCACACAAAGGGACUGUCGAUGCGUCGAAGUACGGCAACGAGAACAACAAGCAAGGCGUUCAGCCACUCCGCCAAGCCAGCGCAUCUGCGGAACAUAUUUUCCACCGAAAUUUAGAUAAUAAUCAAUUCUUCUUCGACGACUUUCAAACCGAUCGUUCCUCCACCGUACGGGAUGCAAUAUCAUCCAAAAUAACUGCUAAGCGAAAAAGAUCGCCACAUCCCGCUCCAGCGCGUGUGACAGCCAAACCAAGUGCAGUAAACAAUAGACGUAAGAUAAAUGUAGCGUAUAACAAUUUAGAUAACGUUUUACACACUACCAUCGACGAGCGCCGUGAAGACUUCAAAAGUCCCCAACACCAACCGGGCAUCGUAACUUCUGUCGAUAAAACAGCUCAAACCCCAUCGAAUGUGCAGCAUAUUCCGACGCCAAGUGUACACAAGUUUCCCGUGAACGAUGUAAAUGAUCCUUCGAGAAAACGACGCUACCAAAGAUCGGCAAAUACAGCCAAGAACCACUCGAGCCAUAGUAAGCCCGACACGUCGUCCCGUGCGAAUCAUGCACAAACCGAUAACGAACCCUCACUAUUCUCCAACAUCGAUGGAAAACCCUAUGUACAGAGCAACAUUUUCUCCCCAUCUCAUCUAGAAACGGCGGCAGACAUUUCCAUGUCAACUACCGGAUCAAACAACGGCAAUGAUGGCAUUCCUGGAGAUGCACAGGCUUACGGUAGGCGUUCCGGUGAUAAUACUGAAGACAACACGCAAAUCCUCCACACCGAAACAAGCCCAGCUGUGAUCGAUAGUUUAAAAGCGAGUAAUUUAGAUCAACAAAUUAGCCGAAAGCCUCCAGUGAUAGACACAAAAUUAGAUCCCGACGUCACACACAAGGGAGUACAUCCAUCGGAACGCUCCAUCACGCUUGACGCAUCGAAAAGUGCACCCGGCAAGACAAUGGCGGCUGGACCAAGUUUGUCACCGCCGGAAACUCCUGGGAAGACGCUUCCACUUUCACACUUCGCUACCAGUGCAAAGGAACGACCAAUUACGGCGUCACAUUCUUCGGUGACUACUGACAGCCACCAUUACGGCAGAGAACAACCCCCGCUGCAACCGGGUGAGGCAAGUUUCAUACUGCUCGACGACAGCGUCUACAUUACACCGGUGCACACCCACCGAAAUGGAAGUGGGCCAGCCGUCUCGGGUGGCACUGAUCUAACGCUCGGGUCCAGCAGUGCCGUUUUCGGUGGGCGAAACUUUGACGAACAAAUCAUCUUUCUCAAUGGACCGGAUCUGCUGGAGACAAGUGUCGAACAGGAGUCAUCUGUCCCGGUCGAACCGGUCGCCACGUCAGACGGUCGGCGACUAAUGGGAAAAGUUCCCCGAGCGGUACGGCCACGCGAUGAAUCAGUGCGCAACGGGAACGUACCGGAGGAACCAUUAGCUCUACCAUUGAGACCAAUCAUUCGCGACCCGGCGGACGAACAGGGGGCGGAGGACAACGUGGUGGUGGUGUACGCGGACCAGCACGAAACGGUGCGGCUAAACUGUGAGGUUGACGCCGAUAUUACAACGGGCGUAUGGCUCAAGGACGGACAGAUAGUGCACGCGAUGGACAAGAAGUCACGAACCGCUGAUAUCCGGUUUGUGCGCGAAUCGUUCGGUGCCCUUACGAUCUCGAACGUCAUGCUGGAGGACGACGGUGUGUGGCAGUGUGAGGCAGAGAAUGCGCGCGGAUUUUUCUUCAAUGGACGGCCAAUAAAGCUGAUCGUGCUGGAUCCACCGAAGGAGCCGUAUUUGCUGAUCGAUUCCCGGCGGCUCGAUGCGGGCAACAUGUUCAUCCCGGUGAAGGAAAACGCCGAACUGACGCUCGCCUGUGUCAGCGAGGGUGGCAACCCAAGGCCCACACUCACCUGGGAAGUGCUGCUGAGUCCCGGCCUCGACAGGCACGCACAGAAACUAUCGAACGACGUGCUGGAGCUGCAGGAGAUAAAGAAGGAUAAGGACAAGGAACCGUACAAGAUCAACACCGGUGCCAUAUCGGAGGCACGGCUUCCUGCCAUCUUCCGGGUGCAUCACAACGCCCGCAUCUUGUGCAUCAUGGAACAUCCGAUGCUGAAAGUACGCCAAAAUGCUUCGAUCCUGCUCGAUGUGCAGUACACUCCGUCGUUCGCCAUCACGCGGACGCCCGGUUUUGGGUAUCCGCUUCGGGAGGGCAUUGAAGUUUCGCUCAAGUGUGACGUCGAUUCGAACCCACCCAGUACGCCACUGUGGCAGAAGGAUGACGGCGAUCCACCGGUACCGCAAACGGGCGAUGGAUUUCUCAACUUUAGCUCGAUCCGGCGGGAACAUUCGGGCUGGUACAAGUGUACCUCGAGGCAUCUCAAUUUCCAGUACUCGAGCAUCGGAUAUUAUCUCAGCGUGCGAUACGAUCCAGUCGAUGUAACAUUGGAACCGGUGGAACAGGAUCUAUCCCUAUCACCAUCCUCAUCAUCUUCGUCGUCUCCCGCGUCAUCCUCUGCCUCCUUCGCACCCGCCCACGGGGCCGGGUCUUCUAUCGGAGCACCCUUUCCUGGAAGCUUACCGGUCGGUACGAACUCCUUCAAGGGCGGUGGCCAAAUGGAAGUCGAACUCGGUGGUUCCGUUACAUUGCAGUGCCCUCAAGGAUCACUCGGUUGCUGGUCGCAUCUGGACUCGGCAUCGGCGCGCCUGAAAGGACUCGGCACGGGCAGCUACGCCCAAACCGGCCAAUUCUCGCUAAAGGACGUUGUCUACCAGGAUGCCGGCACGUAUAAAUGUGUCGGCCAGAGCACUGGCAACCGCAAAAAGUUCGAGGUGCAUCACACGCCGUCGCAUGCGGUCAGAGGUAUCCCAAAAGUAACUGCCCGCAAUUCAACACCCUCGACAAUGGCUGGAACUCCGCUGCAUCUUUCGGUAGAAUUUUGUUCAAACCCUCCGGCACAUGCAGCAAGAUGGCUGCAUGGUGAUCGCAUCUAUACACCGGGCAACCAAUACGGUGGAGAAGUGUUCGCGUAUGGUCUUACGGAUUUGCCGGCACCGUACUGCAGGGAGGCACGUUUGACCUACGUGCACAUGCACGAGAAGGUACCGCGGACGUUCUACUUUGUCGUCUCUUCACCCGGCGGUGUCGCAGAAGCCAUGUUCAAAGUCAACUACACCCAGCGGCACAAACCGAACGGAUCCUUCAGCUCGUCUCCGAACGCCGGUGCCGGUAUCGGAUCGCACGGAAACUCAUUUUCAUCCUCCUCCACGUCCUCAUCAUCCGCAUCCUCGUCAGCCGUUUCGAGCGUAUCGAGUGCCGGCAACAUCAACGGUGGCCUGUCGGGGUAUAAAAUCGGUCCGAAUACCAUCAACACCGUACCGGGCAAUGGGUUGGACGAUGACGAGGAGCUGAUGGAGCCGGAAGAAAUUCAUUUUCCCAUCUUCGGUACCGGCGGUACCGCGUCGCUAGUACACCCCGCUGUCCAUACCUUCGUGGCUGCAUCCUUGAGCAUCCUGCUGCACUUUGGCCUUCUUGGCGUCCUGGCACCGUCUUGGCUGAUCGACACCGUAUCGCUGCACGGUCCUGCAACUGCACGAUAG